UGCUUCACAAAACUAUAUAAAUAAUAAGUUGAUUAAACAAUUAGUUUUAUUAAUAAAUAUUUAAUGAAUAAUUUUUAAUGGUAACUUACCUACGAUAAGAUGUGUAAACAUUUUAGUAGAUAGGAGUGUAAUUUUAAAAAAUUAUGUCAUAAUAUAACGUCAAGAGGUACUUAAAAUGUUUUAUCUUAAGUUGUAUAGUAGCAUAAUAAAUGUAUGAUAAAUGGUUGUAGUGAGUAAAAUAGUAGUAGCGUAGAAGUUACAAUAGCAAUUAGUAGGUAGGUAGUAGUAUAAGGGGUAAACUAUUAAUUGUUUUCUGGUCAUUUAAAAAAAUUUUGCAUUGUUUUUACAAUUUUUACAAAAAUGUUAAGCAAUAAUUUGUUUAAAAAAAAAAGUGUAUGGAUUUACUGUUUGUUAAGUGUACUGUGUGUACUAGUAAUAUUUUCCAUAGUAAAGGUAAUUAUUGUUGGUCCAAAUGAAUUUAUCAAUGAAUGUCUGGAACUUUUUGGUGGUGACACAAAACAAAACUGGGUGUUCCUAGUUGCUGGUUCAAAAGGCUGGGAUAAUUAUAGACAUCAGGCUGAUGUUUCACAUGCAUACCAAACAUUAUUAAAUAAUGGUAUACCAGUGGAUCGUAUAAUUGUAAUGAUGACAGAUGAUGUGGCAUUUGAUCCUAAAAAUCCAUAUCGUGGUGAAUUAUUUAAUCAUCCUAAUGGCUCGGAUGUUUAUCAAGGCGUACAAGUUGACUAUAAAGGUGAGGAAGUACGCAGUGAACAUUUUUUGAACAUUUUAAAUGGAAAUAAGGCAGCUAUGAUAAACCUUGGCUCGGGUCGUGUAAUUGAAAGUAAACAUAGAGAUAAUAUUUUUGUGUAUUUUGUUGGUCAUGGAACAACUGGCAUAUUAGCAUUUCCAGAAAAUUAUUUAUAUGCUGAUGAACUGAACAAUGCAUUACAAUCAAUGUAUAGUAAUCGUAAAUUUUCUAGUAUGCUCUUAUAUAUAGAUUCAUGUAGAGCAGGUUCCUUAUUUGAUGGUAUAUUAAGUGAAUAUAACAGUAUAUUUGCUGUAACUGCAGCUGGACCGAGAGAAAGUUCAUGGUCAACAUAUUGCAAUGAGGGAGAUGGAAAACCUGAUGUUUGCUUGGGUGAUGAAUUCAGUUGUACAUGGAUUGAAGAUCAAGCAAAUCUCGGUAAAUUAUAUCCAUUACAAGUGAAUGAAUUGGUUGAAAAAAGAACUGUUCUCAAUCAUUUUAAUUACAUUAGAAAUACAGUUAAAUUAAGUAAUGUGAUGCCCUACGGAGAUUUUAGUAUUGGUCAAAAUAAAUUAUCAUCAUAUAUUGGCAAAUCACCCGAAGUAUUUUCCAAAUAUUCGCAUUAUAAUAAUAAUGCUUUAUCAUUUAAUACACGUAAUGAUACACUUAAGUCAAGUGUUAAAUUUUCAAAAAAUACAUAUAAACCAUAUCAGAUAAAGGAACAAUAUAAUGGAAAGAAUAAUACUAUGAAACAAAGAACUCUUUACAAUAGUAUUAUGAGAAAAAUGAUGUACAAAGUAUUCAAUACAAUUCUGCAAAAUGUUAUAAAACAGUUACCAGGAUUUGUAGAACAUAUUGAUGAGCUUAAAGAACUUCCUAGUAAUUUGCCAUUAAAUGUAUUUCCAUGUUAUAGACAAACUUUGGAUUACAUCACAACAAACUGCUUUUCCUUACCCAAGAAUAUAUACUCACUUAAUGAAGUGCAUGUAUUUUUCAAUCUGUGUACAAGAGUUAUAGACAGCAAAUGGAAAUCUGAAGAGUUUUAUGUUUUGUUUGAACAAGUUGUGCAUAAUGUCUGUUCAAAAAAUUCAUCAACAUUUUCAAAUUUACUUAAAAUGAUUAAUAUUUAUUAAAACAAUUUUUGUCAAUACCUACUCAAUAUUAAAUAACAAUACAUUGAGAAUUGAGAUAGGAUAAAUAUUAGAUUAUUAAUUUAAAUGUACAUACAAUUUGAAUUAUAUAUUACUGAUUAAAAUUAUGUUGUGUUUCAUAAAAAUAUUACUAUGUAAUAUAUUAUAUAUAUAUAUAUAUAUAUAUGUAAAUAUUAUUAAUAGGUUUAAGUAUAUUUAGUAGUAAUUGAACUGCAGAAUAACUUUAAUGUUAAAAAUAUUAAACAAUAACUUUUUCGUAAUUAUUGUUUUAAUGUAAUUUAGAGGUAAUUCAAAUGAAUGAAAACUUGAAUUGUUUUAUCAUUUAAUUUUAAUUAAUUCUCUGAAGACUACUAGUGAAUUAAUUAACAGGAAAUAAUACUGAAAUAUUGUAAUUA